AGUCAUUGAUAUCUAAGGCAUUUUCGUCAUACGUCACUUCCUGUUAGAAGAGAAAACUGGAAAUCAGCUGAUUUUGUUAGGGGGUCGGUUGCUAAAAGCAUAAUGGAGGGUUUGAAGUCCUCUAGCACCACCAUGCAGGUGAGUUUUGUAUGUCAGCGCUGCAGUCAGCCCCUGAAGCUUGACACAUCCUUUAACGUUUUAGACAGAGUGACCAUCCACGAGCUCACGGCUCCAUUAGUACCUGUAGCUGCCAGUAAACAGUCCGGCAGCUAUGAAGGCAGCAGUGUGCCGGAGGACACUUUUUUGGAGAGCAAACAGGAUGCCGUUGCCCGGAAAUAUAUUGCAUCUACAAGGUUGAUGUCGACUGAAAGCACAAACAGUUUCACUCUAAUUGGAGAAGCUUCAGAUGGAGGAACUAUGGAGAACUUGAGCCGAAGACUAAAAGUGACGAGUGACCUGUUUGACAUCAUGUCCGGUCAGACGGAUGUUGAUCACCCUCUGUGUGAGGAGUGUACAGACACACUCUUGGACCAUUUGGACACACAACUCAACAUUACAGAGAACGAAUGCCAAAAUUACAAGAACUGUUUAGACUUGCUGACUCAGCUGCCAGAAGAGGAGCAAACCAGUCUACUUACUGAGCUCCAGCAGCUAAAACAUGAGGAAGAAUCCAUGAUCCAGGAGCUGGAGCGCAUUGAAAUCCAACGUGAAGCCGUGGCCAAAGAGCUAGCUGAGAGACGCAGCCACAGUCAACAGCUGGACACAGAAGAAAUUCGCUAUCAAAAGGAAUACUGUGAGUUUAAGCGGCAGCAGCUGGAGUUGGAUGAUGAUAUUAAGAGUGUGGAUAAUCAGAUGCGUUACUGUCAAAUUCAACUGGAUAGACUCAAGAAGACUAAUGUUUUUAAUGCCACCUUUCAUAUCUGGCACAGUGGGCAGUUUGGAACAAUAAAUAACUUCAGACUAGGGCGAUUACCCAGUGUUCCAGUGGAGUGGAAUGAAAUUAAUGCUGCCUGGGGUCAAACUGUACUUCUGCUGCAUGCCCUCGCAAGCAAGAUGGGGCUUCACUUUCAGAGAUAUCGACUAGUUCCUUAUGGAAAUCAUUCCUAUCUGGAGUCUCUUACGGAUAAGUCCAAGGAGUUGCCAUUAUAUUGUUCAGGAGGUUUGCGCUUUUUCUGGGAUAAUAAAUUCGAUCAUGCUAUGGUGGCCUUCCUCGACUGUGUCCAGCAGUUUAAAGAAGAGGUGGAAAAGGGUGACACAGGCUUCUGUCUGCCAUAUAGAAUGGAUGUGGACAAAGGCAAGAUUGAGGACACAGGUGGCAGUGGAGGCUCUUACUCUAUUAAGACACAGUUUAACUCGGAGGAGCAGUGGACCAAAGCCCUCAAAUUCAUGCUUACUAAUCUCAAAUGGGGUCUGGCCUGGGUGUCCUCUCAGUUCUACAACCGCUAGAUCUGAUUCUGGACUGAAACCUGAUACACAACAGGAAAUCAUUACUGAUAAUGCAGUGUAAGAACAAGAAUGGAAAAAAUACUUUUGUGAACUAAUAACUAUAAAUAAAAUUAUCUUUAUUAUCUGCUAAAUAUGAUAACUUGGAAGGGUUAAUCUACUUGUAAUUGUUGUAAAUGUAGUUGAAUUCAAGAUUACUGUCCUAAAUGAUUUUUCUCAUUUCCAUGUAUUUUACCUAAAAUAAAUACACAAACUGAG